AAUCUCGUACCUCAUAUAAGCCGACCCAUGACUCGACAGCGUCGAAUAUCUCUGUUCAAAGUGCUUCUACAGAGCAGACAUCCGUACAUGGGGAUACGCGUUCUCAACGUUCCGAUGAUACCUCUGCCAGCUUAUUUAUGCGCCUGGCUGUUCCACCAUCGGAAAUGGCUCCACCUUCGCCAUCGAGACAAUAUUUCAUUGCGAGCGAUAUCUUAGCUGGCAUUGAACCACGCAUGUCUCUUCAGACAUUCAGGACGAUGACACGACCUCUAUUCUCCGACCAAUGCUUAUGCAUCAGUUGCGGGACCGACUUUCAAAGUGUCCAAGCAAUGCCAAUUACCGUCCGAUCCGCUAUUCAUGGAAAUCUCACAUGUUGCUGUGAGAAAUGCGGCGUUGAAUUUUGUCACGGGUGCCGUCGUCCACGGAAUUGGUGCGAAAAGCCUGAUGGCUGCGUACCUCGGAUCGCUACUGCGAUUUUUCGGCUACUGAGUCUCAUUGACAUUGAGCUCCUCAGGAUUGGGGGUCCUGAACGUCUCAACGAACUGUUCGCAAAUAGCGGAAAGCGACAAAUGGUAGCCAAUGCGUUAUCUAUGAUGGUAACUUACCUGAACAAUUCGAUGCAUGCGCGGCAUUACUAUCUCCCUCACCUCAUCAAUCUGUCGCUCCUUCCUGUGAUCUUCGAAUACCUCCUUGAACGUCCUCCCAAACUGUGGAUAGAGACAGGGGCAACUGAAAAUCUCUACCGUCAGAUGCUUGCAUUUCUCACGAUAUGUCUCGAUGUGGGGAGUGGAGAAAUUCUCCUUCAACAACGAGGUCGAAUUAUCCGGCAUAGUGGCUUGUACGCAAUGAUGCAAGACAUGGGAGGGAUCACAUGGGACCAUUCAGCACCGGUUAGAUCAUUUGCCGAUGUUGUUGAAGAAAUCUAUACGAGUGAUUUCAUGAAGGAAGCAGAGGAAUAUAUCUCUAGGUCUCGAUACCUUUUCGACCAUCUUAGCGAACGUGUGAAUCAUCUCAAACACCUAUUCGAGGGAGUUGAUAGGUUGCGUACCAUAGACGAUGGUGGGAAAUCCGUUAUGGCUCGACGCUCCAACAUCGAUGUAAUAAUGUAGUGGGUAUGAGAAGCUUAUGCUCUGGGAAACAUUCCUGAUUGCAUUUUUUUUGUGAACGUCGGGUUCAGGUGUCAACGAGACGUCGGAUGGCGUUCGUUACUCCAUUCGUCAAAUUCGUAACACGCUCACUCCGCCUGAAAAGAAAUUACGGUGGCAGCCUUCAUGGGGUAAUUUGAACACGGAGCACAUACUGGAAUAGCAAGAACCUCAGUGCCGCUCUCGGUGCCGUUUAUCGAGGAGAUGUGGGGGCAGCAAAUUUCGCCUUGGAAAUCUAGCUCAAUGAUAUACUC